AGAAUGCAGAAAUUGAAAAUUUCGGUUUGAACUCGUAUGAUACUCGUGUUUUUUUUUGAUAUCAUUAUAAUGUUCAAUUUUGAAUGUUCCGAGUUCCGAAGUGAGAUAACAAACUAUAUACAGUCGAUUUUUAAUUUAAUUGAAAUCUGAAAUUGAAAAUGUAUUUGUGCUAGGAGGAGUUGACUCAAUGUUUAAGUAAUUCAAAAUGAAGUUCAAGUUGAAAAAUAGAAAGAAACCGCUCAACGUCGACGCAGCUAAGUCAGAAAAUACUGUUAUUUCAUCCGAAAUGGAGCAGGUAAAUACUAAAAAAAAUAAGAGGAAAUUCCCCAAAACAGAAGUGAAAGAUAACGACAUUGAGUCAGUACCAUCGAAGAAAUCAAAAAAGCAAGGAAUAAUCCGACCAACGAACGAGGAUAACGAUGCAGAAACUAAACAAGAUACCGAAGUCAUUCCUCAGAAAGGAGGAAAAAACUCUGUUGUGCCAAAAGGUGAUCUCAAAACGAAAUUCUCCAGUACCGAGGUUGUAGAAGAAAGCGUUGUUCAAUCUGUGAAAGUAUCCAAAAAGAAGAAAAAAAAACAGCCGAAGACUGGAGAAGUACAUAAUGAAGAAAAUGUUGACGAGAAUAGAGAAAAUGAUCUUGAUAAGAAAUUUUCCAGAACGAAAAAAUCAAAAAAGAAGAAAAAACAAUCAGUGAAAGAAGAGAAUAACGAUACUGGAAAAGAACAAAACACCGAAAUCACCUCUGAAGAUCACGCAAAAGAUCCAGAAAAGAAGAAUAAAAAAGCACAACCUGUGAUAGAAAAGACUACGAAUGCUGGAGAAAAACAAAACGGUUCUCUCGCCAAAAAUUCAAAAAAAAACAAAAUUUUCAAGGCUCAAGAAAAGCUGGAACUUGAAUCACGGACAAUUUUCAUAGGAAAUCUGUCGACGAAUUUCAACGGAAAAAAUCUCCAAAAGCUCUUCAGUAAAUUUGGAGAAAUCGAAACCUUUAGAAUCCGUGGUGCGAUACCGGAAUGCGAUAAAAUCUCGAAGAAAGUUGCAGUCAAUAAAAAGAUGUUCAAUAAAGAUCAGCAAUGUCUUGUAGCCUACGUUGUUUUCAAAAACGCACAAGACGCUCAGAAUGCAUUAAAUUUAAAUGGACAAAUAUUCGAAGAACGUCAUUUACGAGUUACCUUACCCUCUGAAAAAACUUUUGAUAAAAAUAAAGGAAUUUUUAUCGGAAACCUGCGAUUUAGAAUAACCGAAGAAGAAAUAUGGGAUUUUUUUAAAGACUGCGGUGAAAUAUCAUCGGUCCGAGUUAUUAGAGAUAAGGAAACAGGAUUUUGCAAAGGAUUCGGUUAUGUAAAUUUCAAAACCGAAGAUUCGGUAGAAUUUGCUUUGAAACUAGAUGAAGAGAAACUACAAGAUCGUGAAAUUAGAAUCAAGCGUUUAUUCAGCGAAGGAAAACUAGAGAAAUUAAAAAAGAAGAAAGAAUUGUAUGCUAUCAAAAAUUAUAAACCCAAUUUUAAUUCAAGGAAAGAGAAAACUUCUAAUGAUAAAUCAGGUUUCAACAAGAAAUUUAAAUCAAGAAAUGAGAAAACUUUCAAUGAUAAACCUGGUUUCCAGAAAAAAUUCAAAUCGAAGACAGACAAAACAAAUGACGAUAAAUCCGGAUUCAAACCUAAAAAAAAACACAACAACGUUAACAAAGUAGAUUUGAAGAAGAAGAAACUUGCUGAAAAAUUGAUGGCGAAAUCAAAAAAGAAAGCAGUUUCGUCGUAACCUAAUGUGAUGCAUUUAUUACCAUUAUUCAUCCAUUAUAAGAGAAACGUAUUUAUUCGUUGAAGAAUAAAUUUGUACACAAAUUUGA